GGAGCCACGCCCCCCCUCCCGGCGGAGUCACGUGCCGGGGGGUGUGUGCGGUCACGUGAGCGUGGCGGACAUGGCGGCGGCGCGGCGGCUGCUGCCGCGCUGGGCGGGAUCGCUGCGGCCCGUGAGCUCCGCUGCGGCGGCGGGCGCGGCGUACCCGAAGCGAGUGAAGGUGGUGGAGGUGGGGCCGCGCGACGGGCUCCAGAACGAGAAGAAUCUUGUGCCCACCUCAGUGAAGAUCAAUUUAAUCAACAUGCUGUCAGAGACAGGGCUGCAGGUCAUAGAGGCCACCAGCUUCGUGUCCCCCAAGUGGGUUCCUCAGAUGGCUGAUCACACCGAGGUCCUGCAGGGCAUCAACAAAUCCCCUGGGAUCAGUUACCCUGUGCUGACUCCAAACCUCAGGGGCUUCCAGGCAGCGGUGGCAGCAGGAGCCAAAGAGGUGUCGAUCUUUGGGGCAGCAUCUGAGCUGUUCACCCAGAAAAACAUCAACUGCUCCAUCGAGGAGAGCCUGGAGAGGUUUGAAGAGGUCAUGAGGGCAGCGAGGGAAGCCAGCAUUCCUGUCAGGGGGUAUGUUUCCUGUGUCCUUGGAUGUCCCUAUGAAGGGAAGAUUUCUGCAGCUAAAGUUGCAGAGGUCUCCAAGAAGAUGUACUCCAUGGGGUGCUACGAGAUCUCGCUGGGGGACACCAUCGGCGUGGGCACCCCGGGCAGCAUGAGGGACAUGCUGGCAGUGGUCAUGAAGGAGGUGCCCGUGGGGGCUCUGGCUGUGCACUGCCACGACACCUACGGACAGGCCCUGGCCAACAUCCUGGUGGCCCUGCAGAUGGGGGUGAGCGUGGUGGACGCCUCCGUGGCUGGCCUUGGGGGGUGUCCCUAUGCCCAGGGAGCCUCUGGGAACGUGGCCACGGAGGACUUGGUGUACAUGCUCAACGGGCUGGGCAUCCACACGGGCGUGGAUCUCCAGAAGCUGAUGGACACAGGCACCUUCAUCUGCAAUGCCCUGAACAGAAAAACCAAUUCCAAGGUGUCUCAGGCCUCCUGCAGGCUGUGACACUGAGUGGGAUUUCUCCUUGGAGCAAGAAAUCGAGGAUCCAGCCCUGGCUGGGAUUCCUGUCUGACCUCCUGAGCUCAGCAUUUGAGAAGAAACUCAAAAUCCACCAGAAUCAGGAAGAAGUGAGAGAAUAUCCUGUAAUACUUUGUUCUGUUGGACCUUGGG